AGAGAGAGAGGGAGAGACUGAGAGCACGGGCAGUAGCAGCCAGGCAGGCAGAGCAUCACUGAGAAGCAGCCACUGCAGCUGCAAAGGGGGAGGUGGUGAAGAGGAAGGGGAAAUGCACAUUUCACCACAGUCAGUUGAAGCUGAACCCUGUCAGCAGAUGUUUUUCUAAUAGCAGAGAUCGGCAUCUCCUGGCUUGUCACUGGGGCACACGCACAAGCAGCUGCACAAGGAACAGUGGAACACGAGUAGCCCCAGGUGUCCUGCUGCUGCUGCUGCUGGAGACCCUUAGUCAAUGAAUGGUGUUGGCUGGCACGGUGCGAUCCGUUGUUUUGCUGCUGCAGUGAGACUGCUCCCUCCAGCUGAGGAUCUGUCUAUUCUCUGCGAGGCUGGCUCACUGAUAUAGCUGGCCGCGGGGAUUAUACCAACAGAGGGGGUCUCGCGUACAUCUGACAAGCAAUUACCUGGCUGACAUCUCACGUGGGAUCUGUUUUACCCCUGUGGAACUUUUGGGGUGCACUGAAGUCCUGAUUCAACAUAAAUGGUGGAUGCGAUAGUGGAGUUUGAUUACAAAGCUCAGCAUGACGACGAGCUGACUAUAACAGCUGGUGACAUAAUCACCAAAAUCAAGAAGGAAGAUGGCGGUUGGUGGGAAGGGGAGCUGAAAGGAAGAAGAGGUCUGUUUCCUGACAACUUUGUAAGAGAACUGAAAAAGGACACCAAAAAAGAUCAAAAUAGUAAACCUCCAGACAGGCCUCCCCAGGGAAUUUCCAACGGGAAUGCACUGCUCUCAAGUGAAGCGGUUAUCCGGAGUGCCGGCAGAGGUGAAAGGACGAGGCGGCGGAGAUGUCUGGUGGCCUUUAGUUACAUGCCCCAGAAUGAGGAUGAACUUGAACUUAAAGUCGGAGAAAUUAUUGAAGUUCUUGGCGAAGUGGAGGAGGGCUGGUGGGAAGGUGUGCUUAAUGGGAAGACUGGCAUGUUUCCUUCCAAUUUCAUCAAGGAUAUUGUAACUGAAACAGAAAUCAGUGGUAACUAUGAGCAACAGUUAAAAACAGCGUUCAAAGAUACAACUGGCUCAGAAAGCGACGGCGGCGAUUCCAAAUCAGAAGGGACCAACGGAACAAGCGGGGCAGAAACCCAGCCGAAAAAGAUCAGGGGAUUUGGCUUUGGGGACAUUUUCAAAGACAAACCCAUUAAACUCAGACCAAGGUCGAUAGAAGUGGAAAGUGAAAUUGUGCCAAUAGAAAAGGCAAUGGGGAAGAAAAUGCCACCCACUGUGACUUCACAGGAGCCGAUGAAAAUAGAGACAGAGAGCAAAACAAAACCCAGGGAAUACUGCAAGGUUCUGUUUCCUUAUGAAGCAAUGAAUGAAGAUGAACUGGCAAUCAGAGAAGGCGAUAUUGUUUCUGUAUUAAACAAGGAGUGUGUCGAUGUCGGCUGGUGGGAAGGAGAACUUAAUGGCAAAAAGGGUGUUUUUCCAGACAACUUUGUCAAGCUCCUCCCUCCUGACUUUGAAAAGGAACUCCAUAGACCGAAGAAGCCUCCUCCUCCAUCAGCUCCCAGUACCAAAUCAGGCACAAGUGGUACCUCAGAGAGAAAACAGGACAUCAGGAAAAUACCCCCAGAGAGACCAGAAACACUGCCACAGAGGCCAGACGAGAAAGAAAGGAGCGAUAGAGAUCACAAAGUGGCAGAUCCACUGAAGCACUCAGUACCCGCUAUACCUCCAAAGAAGCCUCGUCCUCCUAAGACUAACUCUUUAAGUAGACCUGGAACACUGCCCCCACGAAGACCAGAAAGACCGGCAGGUCCUGUAACUCACGGAAGGAGUGAAAGUCCAAAGUCAGAUGUGGGAAUCAAUACAGUGUCCAGUACGCCUGAACGAGACCCCUCCGAUAAAAGCAAUGACAUUGAUGUAGAAGGUUUUGAUUCAGUUGUGACAGUGGGAGAAAAACUAAGUCAUCCGACUGCAUCAAGACCUAAAUCCAGUGGUAGACGUCCUCCAUCCCAGUCACUGACAUCGUCUUCCCUAUCUAGUCCAGAUUUCUUUGAUUCCCCAAGCCCAGAGGAAGAGAAGGAUGAACUUGCAGCCUUGGCACAGAGAGCAAUAGAGGCUUCCAAGAAAACAUCUAGAUCUGCCACAACAUCACAAAUGCCAGAUCACAGAACUGUUUUGCCACCCAAGCCAGGAGGCUUGAUUGCCAGUGUCAGUUUUUCUCAUGGGGCAUCUGGAGCACCAUCAGCAUUCCAUACAGUUGCCGCUGGCAGCCACCGGUCGAACUCUCCAUCCUUCUCUAGUGCAGAAACAAGACAGAAAGCUGAUCAUAGUCAGUCGCCGUUAGAAGAGUUACAGUCACAGGUCAAGGAGCUGAGAUCUAUCAUUGAAACCAUGAAAGACCAACAGAAGAAGGAGAUCAAACAACUUCUUUCUGAACUAGAUGAAGAGAAAAAGAUACGACUGAGAUUACAGAUGGACGUCAAUGAGAUUAAGAAAUCUCUACAAUCCAAAUAAGACGAUGAACAAAGAGAAGGUGUCAUUGUAUCCGCUGCAAGUCCUCGAAUGAAACUUGUCCUAACCCAUCAGCCAACAGAACUUGGUGCCAAAUGUCUUCAGAUUUGCCUCAAACAAGCGGAAAGCACAACAGCAGCAGCUCCACCUAUCAGAGACUCCUUUGUGAUAUUUAUAAUGUGGCACAUGUGACAACUUUAUUUCCAGCUCGUGCUGAAGUGUUCCUCCUUAACCGCUCGGGUGCCAGAGGGAACUGCAUGGUAUUGCUCCCAGUCUGUCUGGUGCUCCGGCGCAGAGAGAGAACUGCUAAUGAAUAAACUCAGGCAGUGCACUUCAGAGUGGUACUUUUUACUGACGAUAUUUUUUUCCAUGAAUAAAAUGUAUUUCAGAUUGUCUGUUUACAAGCUUUAUAAGUUCUAUGUUUCUUGUGUACGACUUUUAUGCCCCUCCCUCCCCAAGAUCCUUCCAUUUGUACGGACUGUAGUCAUGUGGGUUUUGUUGUUCUUUUGCUUUACCAGCUUGGAAUUCGGGGUUAUUUUAUUAUUAUUAUUAUUAUUAUUAUAGACAUAUGCAAAUUGCAGCCCAUGGGAAAAUGCUGAAAGCGCUUCUGAAAUGUAUUUAACUGUGUGUAAAAAAGACUGGACCUUAAAAUGCUUUGUGCCUUUCUAUUUGCCUAAAGCAGAGUUGCAAAAAAAAAAAAGUAUUUACAGUUUAUUGUAAAAGAGCGGAUAGUGAGUGUUCAGCGAGCCGGUGGGUGGUGGAAAGGCCCAUCCCCAGUAUUAUGUGGGUACAGCAGUAAUGUCAGUGGGACCCCCUGAUUCCCUUCAAUGCCUGAAGGGCCUUUGUAGCAAAUAGUCAUAGCAAUAGUCCAAAUAGCCAAAUUUCACACUUAAUGCAAUAAAAAACAUUUGAUCUUCUCAA